CGUUCUUCUGCUUGCGUAGCUUCCAUAUACGUUUUGUAUCGUUUAGUCUAGACUCAGCAACCCGCUGCUGUGUUCGGUAUUCAAUUGUCUUCAACAAUGCCUCCCGCCAUCAGUGACGACGAACAGUCGGACGUGAGCGGCGAGUUCGCGAUCCCCAUCAAAGAGAAGCGCGCAAAAUCCCGUUCGGCCGAAUAUCGAGAUGACGUCCUCGAGACUAAGAGCGAGGAGGAGGAAAUUUCUGGUGUCAAGGGCGACUUGAACGGCGGCCGCGCAAAAUCCGUCACCAAGGCCGGGGACGAGAAGGAGGACGACGGUGGCGAAGAAGAUGAGGAUGAGGACGGGGAGGACCUGGAACCUGACGAAUACGUCGUGGAGAAGAUUCUUGACCACCAGGUCGCCGAAGAUGGCACCGUCAACUUCCGCGUCAAGUGGGAGGGCUAUGAGAAGAAGUCCGACCAGACAUGGGAGCCCGAGGACAGCCUGAAGGAGGGCGCAUCCGAGAUCCUGGAGGAAUACCUAAGGAAACUAGGUGGCCGCGAAGCGCUGUUCGAGGAGAAGUCCAAGGCCAAGUCAACCAAGAAGCGUGGCCGUCCUUCCGGGGCUUCAUCUACGCCGUCAGCAACCGGCAAGCGAUCUAGGCAUAACGGCCACCCCAGCGAGUCUACGCCUCCUGCGUCAGCAAGGGAGGCCAAGAGCAAGGCCUGGACUCUACCUAGCGGCAGCUGGGAGGAAGAGGUCGAGAGCAUUGACGCUUGCGAGGACGAGGAAUCAGGAUCCUUGAUAAUAUACCUCAACUGGUGCAAUGGCCAGAAGACCAAGCACUCCAAGGAGGUGGUGUAUAAGCGAUGCCCCCAGAAGAUGUUACAAUUUUACGAAAGGCACAUUCGCAUCAUCAAGGCCGGUCCCGAUGCCGAGAUGGAGGCCGAGUCGUAGGACAGCCAACUAAAGUGUAAAAUUCCAUGGGUUAAGUCUAGGGGCAGGAACGGCGUUUGGUCUGAUGGUAUACUCACAAUUAUCCCUCGUCUUUUGGAAGACUUUCAUUUGCCUGGCUCAUGGCUGUCUUGGUCUUUGCAUGUUCUGCGGUCCUCCAAAGUAGGCCGACGACGUCUCACUUGUAAUCUGGUCUGGAACUUUGUCUGCGGAUAGUCAUCCUGCGUCCGACUUAGCGGAAGCGUGCAAAAUGUGCGAUUAGGAUUUCAAGUUGCUGAAAACAAGCCUCCCUCGACCAGCCGUUCCGUCAUAGACGCCGCGAAAGCCAUCCUGCUCACUCUGCUUGGCCCAAAUCAAGGUGCGGUCGCCAAUCCGCCAAAGCACUCGG